AUGACUACUACCAACAACACCAAUAAUAUUAAUGAUAAAGUAUUAUUUAUCACUGGAGCAAGUACAGGUAUAGGUUUGGCAAUUACCAAAUAUUUUCUUGAAAAGGGAUACAAAGUAGCUGCAACAUCAAGAUCAAAAGAAAAUCUCCUCAAGGUAGUUGGAAACAAUGACCCAAAUCAAUUCCUUGCAUUGGAAAAUGACUUGUUAAAUGAUGAAGCCAUUAAAAAGACGGUUGAAGAGGUUGUUUCAACAUUUGGAAGAAUUGAUAUCGUUGUCAAUAAUGCUGGAUUUGGAUAUUAUGGCCCAGCUGAAGGACACACCAUGCAAGACUACAAAAAUCUAUUUGACAUUAAUGUAUUCUCGUAUGCAUCUGUUAUGAGCCAUGUCACCAAACAUUUAAAGCCAGGCUCUCAUCUAUUCAACGUAUCAUCUAUUUGCAGUACUUGGGCUUUCCCAUUGUUUGCAUCGUACACUGCCACCAAGUUUGCAUUGGAUGGUCUCACCGAAUCGUAUGCCGCCGAAGUAAAAGAAUUACUUGGUAUUAAUGUAACCAUUUUAAAUCUUGGUACCUUCCAAUCGUCAUUCCAAUCGGGUACUCGUGAACCAUCAAUUGAUUUGAAAGCCAAGUAUGCCUCAGUCUAUGCAAGUGCCGCUGAAGUUAUGAAAACAUUGGAGUGGAAAGACCCAGUCAAGAUUGCAGAAAUCAUCCAACAAGUCAGUGAUCGUCAAGGACCAGCUCCACUCCAUCUAUUCAUCGGUCCAGACUCUGACCAUCUCGCAAGACAAAAGAUUAAACUUUUACAAAAAGAUUUGGACGAUAAUGUAGAUUUAACCGUUCAUAAAUUCUUACCAACUUCUGCUUAA